AUGGUUGAUGCGACUGAGAAAGCCGAGAUCGAGGCCAAACAAGCCGAAGAAAAAGUCAUCGCCGGUUCCCAAAUCGGCGUCAAAUACACCGACAAGGGUGCCCGCCACGAAAAAGGCAAACUCAACAACUUCGGCCACCUGACUUUCUGGGUCGGAAAUGCGAAACAAGCGGCCGAGUGGUAUUGCAUUCGAUUUGGCUUUGAAGAGUGGUGCUACAGAGGAUUGGAGACUGGUUCGAGAGACAUUUGCUCGCAUGUGAUCAAGCAGAAUGAUGUCGUUUUUGAGUUUCAAUCGGCACUGCAGCCGGGAAAUGAGGAGUUUGGGAAGUUUCUAGAGACUCAUGCUGAUGGUGUCAAAGAUAUCGCCUUCAACUGCGAAGACGUCGACGCCUUGAUUGAGAAAGCCCGAGAAGGUGGCGCUAUCGUAGUCUCCGAGCCCGAGACAAUCAGCGACGAGUUCGGAUCAAUUCGAACCGCCGUCUUGCAGACUUACGGCGACGUGUGCCACACCCUCAUUGAUCGAUCGAAAUAUCCAGCUGAUAGACAUCUUCCAGGAUACAAGUUUGCUUCGGAAAUGAAGAACUACCGUGUUGAUCCAGUCGCUGCUAAAAUGUCGCCAAUCAACCUCGAAUUCAUCGACCACGUGGUCGGCAACCAGCCUGACAAGGGUAUGGAGCCCGUUACCCAGUGGUACGAAACUAACCUCCUCUUCCACCGAUUCUGGUCCGUCGAUGAUUCAAUGAUGCACACAGAAUACUCAGCCCUCGCCAGUACAGUCGUCGCAAGCUACGACGAAAAUAUUAAGCCAAAGUUCGAGAAAGACUUCUAG